AUGGCAACCCUCGGAGGUAUACCAUCGAUGUACGGCAACAGGAGUGCUGGUCUGAAGGAGAUAAGCGAGUCUAGAGGAUCGGUCAGUGAUAGCUGCCGCUGCUCUGAUGCAAGGAGGGACCCCUGCCGGAUUCUCAAGCAGCCCUCCCUGACCUCGGUGACGGUGCUUAGCAGUUCUCGAGAAUCAGGCCACACUGAUUUUCUGCAGCCCGUAACAACGUUCAACGACUCUGUUUUUGCUCAGGUUAUGGAAUCAGCAAGUAACACAGAUUUCCAAAAAAAUCUCAUAAACAUGACUGGCCACAAUGAUACUUCUCAGCAAGUAAGCUCUAGCGAGUCAAAUGCAGCAGCAAGCAAAUUGAAUGAUAUUCCAGAAGCAUUGCAAGAGGUUAAAAAGCACCUUGGGGAUAAAGGAGGAGAAAACAUAAUGGAGAGAACAAAAACAGCAGAGAAAAGGAAGAGAAAACAAAGUAAUGAUGUAGAAAGAGCAAUUUCUAAAUGGAAAUCAGAGAAUGAAGGAAAACUGGCUGCAAAAAGAGAAACAACAAUGUUGGAGACUGACAGUCUGCUAAUCCCAAUGCCUCUAGCUCAUAUUUCUCUGAAAAGCCUAAUGGAUGUGGAAAUAAAGUUGGUUUACAUUGAUGAGGAGGACAUUACCUACGAGUUUGCGGAGCCUGUGGUGCCUACAAGCACGCGAUCAGCGUGUCACGACUCUGAAAAAACAGAUGCUCCGAGUGCACCUAAUUCCGGCUUUUUGCCAAAGAUUGACAAAUGGCUUCAGAUGACCUUAAAGGACGCCAGCACUUGCUACAGGCAAAAGAAGUAUGCAGUAGCAGCAGGGCAGUUCAGAACAGCACUGGAGCUUUGCAGUAAAGGUGCUGCUAUGGGCAAGCCCUUUGAUUCAUCUCCGCAUGAUAUUUCCAGUAUUGCCAGUUUUAUUGAGACAAAGCUUGCAGUCUGCUACUUAAAAAUGAGGAAGCCUGAUCUUGCUCUGAAUCAUUCACACAGGAGCAUUAUCCUGAAUCCAGCUUAUUUCCGGAACCACCUGCGUCAAGCUGCUGUGUUUAGGUGCUUAGAAAGAUACUCUGAAGCUGCAAGGAGCGCCAUGAUUGCUGACUAUAUGUACUGGCUGUCAGGAGGCACUGAGCAGCAUAUAAGCAAGCUCAUCAAACUGUAUUGGCAGGCUAUGAUUGAAGAAGCCAUCACUAGAGAAGAAUCUUUUUCGGUUAUGUACACACCAUUUGUGGCAAAUGCCAAGGCUGACAAAAUAGACAGGAUGAAGGACAUUUUCGCUAAAAAGCACCCUGAUUAUGUAGAGCACAUAUAUACAGAUCCUCAUGGACUUCAUAUCUUGCCACAGACAGCUGACUGGUCUUCUCUGCCUCCUCAGCAGUAUUUACUGACUCUGGGCUUCAGAAACAAAGAUGUUGGAAAAUUCUUGGAAAAGAUGUCAAGCAGAAAGCUGACAAUCUUUUCAGAAUACAAAGCACCUUUUAGUCCACUCACAAAAGAAGAAUCAAGACGACAUUUGGAGACCGCUGGGAGAAAGAUCUUGCCAAUAAUGGAUUUUAUAAGAAGCACCAAAUUAACUGACAAUUUCUGUGCAUGUUCACACGUGAUAGAGAAGUUGCAGUACGCCAGCCUCCUUGGUUGCUUGCAGCAAGUCACAGAAGAGUCCCAAGUGAUUAAUCAAGCAAUGGCUGAGCUAGCAUCCAUCCCCUACCUGCAGGACAUCAGUCAGCAGGAUGCUGAAUUGCUGCAGUCGCUAAUGGCAGAUGCCAUGGACACCCUUGAAGGAAGAAGAAGUGAUAAAGAACGUGUGUGGAAUAAAAUUCAGAAGGUUGGAAUAAUUGAAGACUUCUUAUACCAAAUAGAAGACAGUUUCUUAAAGAACAAAAAGCUUAGAAUAGCUAGGAGGCAGAAAAUGAAAAUGAAGAAGCUUCAGAGCGCACAGCAACAUUAG